AUGAAGGCUGCUUUACUUUUAUUUGUCUUGUUUGGUUUUGUCUCAUCAAAAGCCAUUGUUGAGCAUUUUACAAACACUGGUAGGUAAUUUUAUGUACAGUGGUCUCUAUAUAGUGAACCAUCUGUAUAAGCAACUCUCCUUAUAGUAAACAAGAAAUUUGGCCUCGUCAAGCCAAUUUGCACUAAAAAGUCUCUCUGUAAAGACAACAUCCCUUAUAGUAAACACAAAAUGUCGGUCCCUUCGGAUUGCUUGUAUAGAGAGAGCACUGUAUCACGUUGUUUGGUGAUGAAUUGUCCAUAUGUUAAAAUUUUUAAACAUAUUAUAGUGUAAAUGUAUUACAGAAGUAAAAGAUGAGCCAGACCUUGUCACAUGUGUAAAAUGCAGGGCUAUUAUCCAAGUUUUAAAGAUGGUCAACUACGAAGCCUUACAGAAGAAAAAUAAAGAAGAACUAAAGGAAUAUCUUGUAGAAAAAUGCAACAUUGACUUUGUCGGCAUGAUUUUUAAAGGUUUGGUGAGUUUUGCUUUUGCGGUGUUAGAAUAUUUGAGUAAAAUUAAAUGAAACAUUUGUAAAUGUUUUUAGUGCGAUGAUAUUAAAAACGAUGGUCCGUUUUUGGAUGUGAUUUUCAAGACUUUGCGAACGUCAUUGUACGAAAUCUACGAAGUCUUAAGAGAGUCGACCAAAUGUCCUUCCUUGAAUGAUAUGAAAAAGUGUGAUUAG